UUCUGGAAGAUGUUGCCUUGAAGCCGCUGAUUGGUGGGCGAGCGUUCCUUAUUUUGAAAAAAAAGAAAAAGCCAGUGACCUACUGUCUCUGGAGCAGAGAAUGAAAAGCGGAAGGUAGCGGCGACCUUCGAUGGUCUGCUCGGCUUCUCUACUCGUGGUGUGUGGCGGGACGGUGAAAGCCACGCAGCGGAGCACAGGGGUUGAAAAGCAGGGCUGUGCCUGCGAGAAAGGCGCGCCCUGUGGCUCCCGUCUCUUUUCUUUCAUUCGCUUCGUAAGUUCUGUCGCUUCGCGUGGCUCGGUGGGUGGAGAGAGAUUGUCGCACCUUUGCUUGAGUCGGGUGAAACGUGCAGCCUGACGCGUCUCCCACUGGAUACUUGCUAGGGAAUGAGUUUUGCUAAUGGGUGUGAGCAAACUAGAUGUUUUAUACAGACGCCUUCUUCUUACCAAACUUUUCAUUCAAGGAUGGGGAAGAGCAGAAGAUCUGAAAAGAAUAUUUGAAUUCAGAAAGAUUAUUGGAAACAGGGAAAAAUGCCAGACUCUGGUUUCAAGGGACUAUCCAGUGCAUGUUAACAAGGUUGAAGAGCAAUCAGAUUGUAAGAUCCUUAACGGACACUUUAUUUCACCCUUGGCUCAUUAUGUUCCAGAUAUCAUGCCAAUGGAAACCAUCACAGCAAGGUUUCAGUUUAUAGUACCAAAGCUGUGGAGCAGCAAGCACAGACCUGUAUGUGUUCAUUUAGCUGGCACUGGAGACCAUUACUUUUGGAGACGACGCACUUUAAUGGCCCGGCCAAUGAUAAAAGAGGCUUGUAUGGCAUCAUUGCUACUAGAGAACCCUUAUUAUGGAUGCAGAAAGCCUAAGGAUCAGUUAAGGUCAAGUCUAAAAAAUGUGUCUGACCUAUUUGUGAUGGGAGGUGCUCUUGUGCUAGAAUCAGCAGCUCUUUUGCACUGGCUUGAGAGAGAAGGCUAUGGACCCUUAGGAAUGACUGGAAUAUCAAUGGGAGGACAUAUGGCAUCAUUAGCAGUAUCAAACUGGCCAAAACCUUUGCCCCUAGUUCCUUGUCUAUCCUGGUCUACAGCUUCUGGUGUAUUUACUACGGGUGUACUGAGCAAAGCAGUGAACUGGAGGGAGCUGGAAAAACAGUAUUAUAGUCAGAGUGUAUAUGAAGAAGAAAUCAUUCAGAUGCUUGAAUAUUGUGGGACAGAUUCAUUCAAGAUGGGACAAGACUUUGUUAAAAAUUCUCCUGGCAGUGUGGACAGCUUAAGCAACCUGGAUCUGAAUUCUAGUAUGCAGAACUUGGAUACCAGAAGCAAAGUUCCAUCAUCGGAAGGUGGCCGCUGUCUUAGCACUAGCAAAAGUACUCUAAGUGCCUCAGCAGAAGGAUUGUUAGUCCAAGAGGCAUCAAAAAUGCAGUGCAUAAACCAGACGUUUUCAACCACCAGCAAUAGCAAUAAGGACUUUACUUACGAGCAGAAGCAUCUGAUAAGUGGGAAAAAUGACACUUUACAGAGAGAAUCUCUAAGGUUUAUGAAAGGGGUGAUGGAUGAAUGUACUCAUGUAGCUAACUUUUCAGUUCCAGUUGAUCCAACACUGAUCAUAGUUCUUCAAGCUAAGGAGGAUGCUUAUGUUCCAAGAACUGGAGUGCGUAGCCUUCAAGAAAUAUGGCCAGGAUGUGAAAUCAGAUAUUUGGAAGGAGGUCAUGUUAGUGCAUACCUCUUCAAACAAGGAUUGUUCAGGCAAGCCAUAUAUGAUGCAUUUGAACGUUUUCUUCAGAAAUAUGCCGAAUAAUUCCUACUCUGAACUCCUCUACAUUAUCUUGUUCUUUCAUGCUUGGAGAACAACUUGAUUAGAGAUGUUUAAUGAGGUUAUCAACUGAAUGUCCUGUGCAGCUCUUACCAAUAUUAGCAAUGAAAAAAUAAAAAUAUUAUCAACCAAAGUCAACCUUCAACUUUGAUUAGUCAAAACUAGAAACAUCUUAGCACAAUUUGUAAAUACCAACUAUGUUUUGAAAUCCAUAAAAUAUUACUUUAAAAUAGCUAAUUUAAUUUGCACACGUACAUUGAAAAGAGACCAAUGCAGAAUUUACAGAUAUUUGAUAAAUUUCAGUUUGUAACUUUCAAAAUCUAAUUUCUGGUCAUAAUUGACAUCAAUUUAUAGAUGCAAGAUGGACUUAGCUCCAACCAAAUAAAAAGUAUUAGAUGCCCACAUAUUAGCUCAAUAUUUGCAAUUUUUUUCAUUAGGAAUAUUAGGAAGAUAGUUUACACUGACUCAGAUGUGGAGAAUGGGAAGUGCUCAAAGAUCCAGAACUGCAUUUGCAUCUCUUUUGGCUUGAAGAGCAAGGAUUUAGCACACUGCUUUCUUGUGCCACUUUAUUGGUUCUUAAAGGAAAUAUUUGUUUAAGCUCAAUUUUCAUAAUUCAGAACAAGAGUGCCAGGUUCAGAACAAGUAAUGCCAUUUUUUUAUGUGGGAUGGGAGAAGGAAAAAAUUGUAUUGUUCACUGACUGAGCUACUGCACCUGAAAUGGAAAAAGGAGCCUUCUAUAAAUAUUUAAUAUAUCAAAUGUUUUAACAAUUACUUCCUUAAAAACAUUUCUCAAGGAAACUAUUCUGCAAUAACUGGCUCACCAGAAAAUUGGGAAUUCAGUACAACAUCUAAAAUGUUAGCUCGUCUUCUUACAACUCCAAUCACAAAUUAACUUUAAGAAUUCUAAUGUCAAAUAUAUGGCACAGAAUUUAAAUUAGAUUCUGUGCCAUAUAUUUGACAUUAGAAUUCUUAAAGUUAAUUUGUGAUUGGAGUUGUAAGAAGACAUUGAUUUAAAUAUCAUGGCACAGAAUCUAAAUUAGAGUCCUCUCACUUAACCACUACACCAAACUGGCUCUCUAUUAGAGCUAUGGCUGACCCAGGGCCAUUCCAGCAGGUGCAAGUGGAGGAGUGGGGAAUCAAACCCGGUUCUCCCAGGUAAAUUAGAUUCUGUGCCAUAUUGAAAUCAUUAAAAUGUUUUAGGUAUUAUAAUAAUGAAUCCUGAAUGUGUUCAAGGUUUUCAAAGUAUAGAUUCUCAUGUUGGAAAAAACAGUACCUGAAAAGGUCUGUAUUACAUUUAGCAUUUUAAAAUUUGCAUUGCCACAUAUUAAAAUGGUAUAGGUAUGUGCUGUUCUACACAAUUUUACAUCAUCCAGAUGGAUUGGGUCCAAUAUAUCAAGGGUAUUUGUAGAGCAGGUCUGAUAUGGAGCAACUGUAUGGAAAGAGUCAGUGUUUAAGUCAAAACUGUUAACCUUAACGGAACUAACCACCUCAUAAAACUACAUAUUAAGCUAUAUUUCUGAAUUUUUAAGUAUCAGGUACUAUUUGGGAAAAACACUGUUUUUGGAGAAACUGGAAGUUAAACUGACUAAAGAUUAAGUUUUUAAUAAUGUAAACUUCAACAGAUUCAUAACACUGAUAAGUAAUGAAUAUCUUGCAAAAUACGGUUAUCAUUCCAACACCAAUAUUCAGAAUCAAGAGUUGUAUGGGUUCUGCUUUUGUCAUGUGCCUGCUGCUUAGACCUGGCUUUAGACUUUAAGAAGUUUGAUGUUCACAAGUGCUUGAAAAUGUAUCUGCCAAAAACAAUAUGCUGCCAAAAUCCUGUUUCUCUAGAGGCACAAUAAACAUUAAACUUUCAACAUUAAACAUUAGUAUCAACUAAACAGUUGAAUGUAACUUUAUAUUGAGAAAUGGCUAUUGAAUAUAUUGUCAAAUGCUGAGUCAAGAGAACAAAUACUUGAAUCUUUGCAGAAAAUUUCAAAACAUUACCUGUAGAUAUGUGAGGAUAUUUCUGUUAUUUCUUUUUCUCUAAAGGACUUGGCAGACAACACAAUCCUAUGCAGAGUUGUCCAGUGUCUAAGCCAAUUGAUUUAAAUUAGCUUAGACCAGGCAACUCUUCAUAAAAUUGUACUGUAAGAGAUCCUUCUCUUGGUAAUACCAGUUUUGUGGGACUUACUAUGUUUGAAAGUCCAAUAUUCUGACUUAUCACAUUUCUUAAGUAAAAGAAGCAGGUACUAAUGGUGUUCUAAUGUUAACUUUUUAAUUGAGGAAAAGUAGAAAGGAGUUUUACAAUUCUGUACAGUUCCGAUUUGAUAUGUUUUUUUUCUGUUCCAUUUUAUAUUUCCAAUAAAAAGCUUGAAGAAAUAA